AUGCCCAAUAUUCCUGCCAAUGCCAGAUGGACACAGAAUGGCGUGACUGUUGCUGGAGGCAACGGAAAAGGCAGUGCCACAAAUCAACUCUACUGGCCUUAUGGUCUUUUCGUUGAUAAAGAUCAAACAGUGAUCAUCGCUGACUGCUCCAAUCAUCGUAUCCUACAAUGGCAGACAAGUGAUAGGAAUGGGCGAGUCGUUGCUGGUGGUAAUGGCUGUGGGGAUGGAUUGAAUCAAUUACAUGGUCCAACUGAUGUGCUGAUUGACAAAGAGACCGAUAGUCUCAUUUUAUGCGAUGAAUUGAAUCGACGAGUCGUACAAUGGUCUCGUCAUGGUGACAACCCACAAAGAGAAAUCCUCAUUGAUAACAUCAAGUGUUGGGGAUUGGCUAUGGAUUAUCAGAGAUAUCUCUACGUUUCUGACACCGAAAAACAUGAAGUAAGACGAUAUCAAUUGGGAGAAAAGCGUGGUACUGUCGUAGCUGGUGGUAAUGGGCAAGGUUCUGGUCUCAAUCAACUUAGAUAUCCGACUUAUCUCUUUGUCGAUCGACAACAGAAUGUCUACGUAGCAGACAAUGAGAAUCAUCGGGUAAUGAAAUGGAAUAAAGGUGCAAAAGAGGGAACUAUCGUGGCUGGAAGCCAACGUGAAGGAAAUUCUUCAACGCAACUAUCUGGUCCCUAUGGAAUCUUCGUUGAUACACGUGGCACUCUCUAUGUGUCAGAUUCGGGGAAUAAUCGUGUGAUGCGUUGGCCUCAAGAAGCGAAACAAGGUACUGUGCUCGUGGGUGGAAAUAGCGAAGCGGCAGAAGCAAAUCAGUUGAAUGCCCCCGUUGGUUUGUCAUUCGAUCAACGUGGCAAUCUCUAUGUCGUCGAUUGCAAGAAUCAUCGUGUACAACGGUUUUCUAUCGAGUAG